AAGUGUCGUUUUUAUUUCGAGGUGGUAUAAUCUGAAGGUUUAAAGAAGACACCCUGCCUGUUUACAUGUUACACAUGGCUGCUAUGCCCCUCCCCCGUCCUCACUUUUCUCAACCCGCUGCCAAAAUAUGUGAAAGUCAAUCCAAGCUGCGGCUCCAUGCGCAUGUUAUUUAAAACUGGACACCAUCAUGGCAGGCGCGGCGGGCAGCUCCACUGAGCUCAGCGAGUAUCCACCCUUUAGCCCGAGAAACAUCGCUUCUGUGGAGGACUAGAGCUCCGAGACCUUCUGCGAUUCACUCGAGGCUUCUCAUGUCGCUCCCGGUGGUGUUGCCGGGGUCUUGCUGUCCGGUUAUCGGGGCUUCGCAGCUCUCUGAGCCGCCUUACCGAAACCGACCCCGUGGCUUGUCCGCCUCUUCCCGGACUGCCGAUGGGGGCUCUCGGCUGCUGCUGCCCGGGCGGCCGCUGCUCUCGCUGGGCUUGCUGCAGCUGCUGCUCGGCGGCUCCAUGGUGGCGCUGUGCUUCGGAGCUCUGUCCCUCAGCAACUCACCCCCCAUCCGGAACUCAUGUCCCUUCUGGGCAGGCUCCUCGGUCAUUCUGUCCGGCAUCGUAGGCCUCACAACAUGGAGAAGACCCAUGCUGCUGCUGGUCAAUGUGUUUGUCCUGCUGUCUGUGGUGUGUGUGCUCCUUAACCUGGCUGGAUUCAUCCUGUGCUGCCAGGGAGCCCAGCUGGUGUCCAGUAUGACCAGCUGCCAACUGAGUGAGGCCGGAGAUGUGUGUUACUGCUGCUCCCUCUCCCCCAGCUCCAAUUGUCCUGAGGAGAAGCUUCUGGAGCUCCACCCGGCCCACUCCUGCAGCACCAUGAGGAUCCUGCUCAAGAAAGUCUUGUUUGCACUGUGUGCUCUGAACGCUCUGACCACCGCUGUGUGCCUGAUGGCCUCUGCGCUGAGAUACCUGCAGAUCUUCACGGCGAGGACACCCUGCAUGGACGAGCAAAGGGCCACAGCUGAAGAGAGGGAGGAGCCUGCUCAGGUCCCUGACCCAGAUGAGUUUGUGGCCCCAGCCCCUCCCCCCUCCUACUUCUCCACUUUCUACUCGUACACACCACGCUUAGCCCGCAGGAUCCUCGGGGACAGUGUGAUCCCUCUCCCUCACAUCUACGGUGCUCGAAUCAAAGGGGUGGAGGUCUUCUGUCCGUUGGACCCCCCACCUCCAUAUGAGGUUGUUGCUGGAAGCUCUGCCAAUGCAGUCAGACAGGAGACAGAGAUUGCACUGACAGAGCUGACUAUAUACGCGACGGCCUCUCCCUCAGAAGCCAGUGAUCCAGUCUCAGACAGAAGUCCCAGAGUGGUAUCAGCAUCACCAGGCGUCCCUCUGCGUGCCAAGCCUCCGCUCCAGCCUCAGCUCCAGCCUCAGCUCCAGCCUCAGCUCCAGCCUCAGCUCCAGCCUCAGCUCCAGCCUCAGCUCCAGCCUCAGCUCCAGCUCCAGCCUCAGCUCCAGUGUCAGCUCCAGUUCCAGCCUCAGCUCCAGCCUCAGCGCCAGCCUCAGCUCCAGCCUCAGCUCCAGCUCCAGCCUCAGCUCCAGCUCCAGCCUCAGCUCCAGCUCCAGCCUCAGCUCCAGCUCCAGCCUCAGCUCCAGCCUCAGCUCCAGUCUCAGCUCCAGCCUCAGCUCCAGCCUCAGCUCCAGCCUCAGCUCCAGCCUCAGCUCCAGCCUCAGCUCCAGCCUCAGCUCCAGCCUCAGCUCCAGCUCCAGCCUCAGCUCCAGCCUCAGCUCCAGUCUCAGCUCCAGCCUCAGCUCCAGCCUCAGCUCCAGUCUCAGCUCCAGUCUCAGCUCCAGUCUCAGCUCCAGCCUCAGCUCCAGCCUCAGCUCCAGCCUCAGCUCCAGCCUCAGAUCCAGCUCCAGCCUCAGCUCCAGCUCCACCCUCCUCUUCCUCAGCAGCAGCCUCCCUCCCCAGCAUUGAGCCACCGGAGGAAAGAAAGGAUGCGCCGCUCCAACAGUGACCCGGUGUUGAUAGACAUUGCUGCUAAAGUGCUGAGCAGCAGCGACGCCCCCCCCGCUGCGUUUCCUGACACCACAGACUCCUCCACACAGACCUCCCAGCCCAAGCUGGCUGUCAGCACCCAGGGCCAGGUCACACUGCGGCGGGGCCACACCUACAGCAGGGCGCCCCGGAGACCACGGCCCUCCUCCAUGGUGGACUACCAGAGCUACCGACACACACAGCAGUUGGUCAGGAGGAUCCUGGAGCAGCCGGCCGCCCAGGGCCUGACCCCCGAGGUGCAGGAGCUGGUGGACAGCAUCCGGACCGUCCUGGAGUCCGACCAGGAGCACAUGGAGGAGGCGGUACGCUGCGCCAGCUACAUAGAACAGGUGUUCACAGACUCAGAGAUGGGUCCCGGGCAGCCCAAACCUUCCCAGCAGGCAGCAGGCAGCCACUCUCAGACGUUCCCUCGCCCCCCCAGGAGAAGGGCCGGUCUGCUGCACCUGCAGAGCUGCGGCGACCUCAGCUCCUUCACCUGUGAGGCGAUCGAGUCUGCAGAACAUCGAGGAAGCAGAAGAGUGGGGUCCAAGGCAGGGUCCAGGGCAGGGUCCAGGGCAGGGUCCAGGGCAGGGUCCCGCCUGGAGCACCCUGAGCGCCCCCACAGUCUGAUCGGAGUCUGCAGAGAGACGGUUCUCUAAAGGGGAACACCAAAUGUAUUCAAAUAUGUGGCAACACAGCUAGAUGCUGCUUAAUCUGUUGCUAAACUUUGAGAGAAAACUGUUGUAGUAUAACCACUGAGGAGGAUCUGCAGGGGUGUCUGCAAGUGUGUGUGUGUGUGUGUGUGUGUGUGUGUGUGUGUGUGUGUGUGUGUGUGUGUGUGUGUGUGUGUGUGUGUGUGUGAGAGCGCGUGUGAGCAUUUUAAUCUUUUUUUUAAGUAGCUUUGCUGUACUGUACUUUAGCAUUCAAUGGUGUGUAUGCUUUAAGGUUUUAUCAUUGUUAUCAUUUUGCAUUUGUUCCUCUCAACUCAUACAGCUAUGUUGUUCACCAUACAGUAUAUUAUGUUGUUUUCUAAUGGUCAGAUGCAAUGGGCUAAAUAUUUCAGAUAUUCUACUGAUAUUUACUAAUAUUUCAGAAUUCAAACAAAAACAUGUACGUUUUGAAUUUUUUUACAUAUAUUAGAAAAUAGAACAAAGUGGUGAUAACAGCUCAAAGAUCUUGCUAAUAAUAAUAAUAAUUAUAAAACUAUUUUAAUACUUAUUUAUAUACAGUACUAUAAUUAUAAAAGGCUAUAGACCAGGGACCCUCUGGCUAUAGACCAAGGGACCCUCUGUCCCAGUUAACUUCACUGUGGCAGUUCCAGUGCAAUUCAUUGACUACGUUCCAAAACGUUAAAAACAUUGAAGUGUGGGAACGCAUGUGAAGCUUACGAUGACAAAGAUAAGCGUGUUUACAAUGACUGUUUCUGUCCCUGUUAUUUAUUGGCAAGCAAAGUUAGAACAUUGCAGAUUGGAAAUACAAAUGUUGGUUGAUUAAUUUAGCUCUCAUACUAUUUCUCACAUUCUCCAUGUCACUGGAUUGCACUGCUGUGUUCAUCUUUGAAGCAGAUUCUUGAGUGGGAGGGGUUUCCCCAUCUUCACUCGUGGUUCAAACUGUGGGGAGAGGAGUUCUGAGGACAUUGCCCACCUUUUCUGAAUGGUAAAUGUGAAGUUUCUGGCACACCACAAGGGCAAGCUGUCAAGCUAGGUCAGUGCACAGCGGGAUUAUGAUGGAGGUCAGGCCACGUUCAGUAUGCUCCUUCAGUUUGAGCUGACCGAGGAACGGCACUUCAGCCAAUAAAUUAAACUUGCUUUGUCAGUACCCUCAGUACAGUACACCUUCUAUAAGCAUACAGAGGGCCAGGGUGUUGUGUUAUUCCUGUAUGUGCCUUUUACUGACUGGACAUUUCAGCUGUUGUCAUGCAUUUUAUGAACAUGUGCACAUAGAGAUCAUUGUAUAUUAAACUUUAUUAACACUGUCCUGAUUCUAUAAAGUCCCUAAGAGAUCA